AUGAGUGCCAUAAUGGAGAGUAAACCGUUCAAAUCGGACGGUUUUAUCAAACAGGAGCCGUAUAUCAAGGACGAAUACGGUAACGGCAAUGAUCUGAUGGCACAACAGAUCAUGCAUUGUCAGCCGAACAUGCAACAAACAAUGAGCUGGGAUAAUCUGCCCUUCGGAUCUAUGAAGUACCAGGUGUCGAAGCAAAGCGCCACACCAUAUACCGAUGCGACAAAUUGUAAAAAAUCAAGUAAUCACAUCAAACGACCGAUGAAUGCGUUCAUGGUAUGGUCGCAAUUGGAACGACGGAAGAUCUGCGAGCAUCAACCAGACAUGCAUAACGCAGAGAUUAGUAAACAGCUCGGCUCUCGUUGGAGACAGCUCACUGAAGAGGAGAAGUCGCCCUUUGUUGCCGAAGCUGAACGACUACGCCUCAUGCACAUGCAGGAGUAUCCCGAUUAUAAAUACAAGCCACGUAAGAAGCCGAAGAAGAACCCGGAUGGUACCAUUCAGAAUCCGCCACCAACCAACGGACCUGGAUCCCCGAGGAGUAAAGGUCUGAAAAAGGUGAGCUUCAGCCAAACUCGCCCUCAUUCGCUCGUCAUUAUGAAAGAACAACUGCUUAGGCCACUGCAACAUUUGGGCAGUAUCGGCAUGGCGAUCUCCGAUCAACAGUAUCCGCUUGGGAAAUCCGUGAAAAUCGAUCAUGACAGUGUUCGGGUGAAUUCGAACAUGAUGUCGUACAUGACCAUGGUUCAAGACGACAUGAAAGGCUCACCGCAUGUGAAACAGGAGCCCCGUCUGUUCCAUCCAUCGUUUCCGUCGCCGUCGGAUUUCGGUCAAGCCCCAUUGACGCCCGAAUCGGGCUUCUAUGACGAGUACUAUGGACCAGGUGGCGCCUACUCGAACCAAGCCGCCUCUAUAGUCUCCCAUAUAUUUGUCAUGCGAUGGCUAAUUAGACUGAUCUCAUGCUUCUCUUUUCAGGACGAUAUGCGCUCGUUAUCAUCUGGCUCAUCAGGCUACGGCUCCGUGCAAACAGAAUGUGAACCACCCGCAUUCCCAGGUUCAGCGGCUCCUCAGCCGCCGCCAGCUGGUGUUGGUACUCAAGGUGCUUCCCAAUCACAAUUUGGUGCAUCUGAAGCCGAACUGCUACCGUCGAUCUACGAUUUCAAUUUUACCGCUGCGGUGAACGCUUCCAAUGGUUGGAGUGAAAUGUGGCAGAAUCACUUUGCGAACGGGCACGCGUUCGAUCACAUUCCCAUCUAG